AUGAAGAGAGCGAGGGACUACGUUCCAGUGCCUGGCAGGGAUGGGCGAGUCGUCCUUGUCUCGACAAGCAUUCGCAUUUCGUACAAAUCGAUAAAAAAAGAGCAAGUUUCAUUGGACCGGAGGCGAUUUGAAGAAUUCUGGCCACAGUACGCGGCAAGCAGCGGAAGCCCCGACAACAUCACGUCUCGCUCUCCUGCCGGACCCAGCCUUACAGAAACCGUCCAAACCUACCUCCUAGUGUUACGAAUGACUACUGUGCUCAAGGCACGUGCAAAAAUUCCAGUACAUGAAGCAGCCGGAGAUACACCUUCACUUCAACCAGUAUCAGAACUCACCAGCCGCUCGUCUGGCGCGGCAUGUGUGGAAUGUGGAGUAGAGACGAUUCCGCUGUGCAAACAUGCUGCAGCUGACUCUGGGCCAGAGAGUUCCCCUGUGAAGACCAGCCAUGAGUUGAAGAUGUACGCGGAGAUCACCAAGCACGAUACUUUACCCAUUGCCGCGAUCCGUUCAGAAGAUCGCGGCUCGCAGCACUGCAAACAGGCUCAAGUGUGCUUUGCAGAACAAUCCACGUCUCUCGUGGUCUCGUCGAGGUUACAUAUGUCACUGCAGCGUUUCCAAUGGGCUGAACGCCAGCGCAACGCUUCGCAUGUCUUUGCGUCUUUCAGCCUGGCCAAUAUACCUGGUACCUUUGGAUUCGUCGAGCUUUGCUCAUGA